ACAUCCUACAUGUAUUUUAAAACUUGCUUCAGAGUUAUGGCGAGAAUCACAAACCUGGAGCUCGCGAGAGAAGACGAUCAAGGUGAAAAGGACACUGAGGAGUAUCUUUUCAGGUAAGUAUGAAGGAAAAGAGAGCGGAGAAGGAGCGGCAAACUUUUUGUAGAUUAUUUUUACUACUAUUUCUGUUAUUGCCUCUGUGACUCCAACCCCAGUUACUUGUUAUUUACACUUUAUGUAAAUUUAUCGCCCUGGACGAAGGCUCUUGCAUUGCGCCCGCAAUGCUUUACCGAAAAAACAGGCGAAUCCAAGAGCGCCCGGAAAGACAGGGUAUUGAAAGAUCCAAAGGGGAAGUUUCCACGCGAAGUCUAACCUCUCAGAGCCAACCUGUACCCGUGAAAUCCCCGCCCUUUUAUUUAACAUGAAGCCUGAACAAGGCGCCCCUUUAGUUUGGGAUACUUGCCUCCCUAUAAUGGACAAAACGGGAGUAAAUUACCCCUUCUCUCUGAGGCGAACGUUGAAGUGUUAAAGGAAAACUUGGAAGGGUAUCAAGCGUGGAAAAAAAAAACGCGUAAUACAAUUGUAAUUAAAAACGUAAGUUUGUGCUAUUGCCGCUUAGAUUGUGUAAGAGAGACUUACUAACAGCUGCAGUUGACGGGAAAUUUCAAAAAGUCCUUUCUAAAACCAGAGAAUAAUAUCGUAUCCAGUUGUUUCCAUAGGGCACGAGCAACUGGGAAUAUGGGGGAACAGGGAGUGAUAGGAAUGAGAGAUAGAAGAAAUGUUCCUCUUGUGCUCGCUCCUAAACCAUCAUACGUUGCGCUCCCGCGCCGCUCACAUAUGGUUUGAAAACGAUUGGAUACCAGUUGGUUUUCUUUGUAUCAGGCGACUUCCGGAAUACAAGCAGCGCAUCGCUGGAAAGUCCGUUCCAUUUGAGAAAUUUUCCAUUCACAAAGCUAACCUAAGUACCUGGAACAAGGCAACAAUCUAUUUCUUCCUGGAAUGGUAAGUGCGAGUAGAAUCGUAUGUCAAAAAUCUAUUUUCUCCGUUUUGUGAAGCGGACAGAUCUGAUGAUAAGGCAAAUUUUUGGAGUGAGUCUAUGUCUAGCCCGAUUGGCAGAACAGUUUUUGUCUUCUGUAAACGUUAGAAAUGUCAGCUUGGCUAGAGCGUCACAUGGAUGUUUGUAUAAUUACGUUGUUAGAGAAUAGUUUUUGUUUUGGUCUUGAACUAUCGAAGAAUGAGCCAUUCUCAAACGGCAGCAAUGUCGUUCCUAGGCUCCUUACGUUUUUCUUUCGAGACGGCAAGGGGAGAGGACUGGAGAUGAAUUAGGAUAUAUGUAAGACAAAUGAUACAUACACGAGGUCUUUUUUCCUCUGAGGAAUUAAGGAAGCCCUAAACUGACUCUCUCUUUAGGAACUUAUAUUGCUCUGGAAUGGCUUCAAAGUUCUUCAUCGCAGGCCACACUUAGUGGAGCCAAUGUUGAAACUUGUCCAAACGUCGCUGGUAGAGUUAGAAGAAACUAAAGGUAAACUAUAAUUAGUAAAAAUUACUGUCGAUAACGCACCAACACAGGUUUCCUAUUAAAUCACCUUUUUUAUUCUAGAAAACCCAUAUUUCUGUUAUUACAUCUGCAGUUCAACUAACGAACAUAUAUGACGACCUUUUUCCGAAUAAAACCAUCAUCAGAAGUUUCCGGAUCACGAGUUUGCGGUUCUUUAUUAACGUAUUUCCGUGUUAUUGGUACCGCCUAACCAUGAAUACUCCAGGAGUCCUGGAUAAAGAGUAGCAAUGUGAAAUUUAAGCCCGGUCAAGUACUGCAUCACAUACAGCAUUACAUUGGCGGCGGCUAUGAUUAGAACCCAAACCCCGUCGAGGAGCAGACUUGCAGUUUCGCGUAGACCUUUCAACUGCACUUAUCUCUUUAGUUCCAGGUCCCCAGCGUCAUUCCAAAUUUUUUCAUAUUUAAAAAACAAAACAACGUGACAGUCUUUCCUUUUUUUUUCUUUUUGUUGUUGUUGUUGUUUUUUUUUCAGAUAAAAAUACAAAUUACAUGGAUGAUUUGUGUCUUGGAUACCUGCUUCAGGGAAUGUGUUACCGCUGUGUGCACAAACCGAAAGAAGCUAUGGAGAGCCUCCUUAAUGCGGUAAACAGGUCAGUAACUUUGCUUGCGGCAACUUGCUAUUUCGUAUCAUUUUCCUCUUAAUUUUUGUAGUGGAUCUUGAGAGUGAAAGAGUUAAAACUACGAGUUUAUAUUAUAUGAUCCGUGCAACUCCUUUUCGAGUGUGGGAACAAAAAAAACAAGCGCGAGAAAAUUAUGGCAAAUGAGUGUAUCGAGCUGAGAGAGUUCUCGGAUCCAGGCCACUCUCGGCCAGCUCUAACAGCCCAUUUUUUUCCCUUGGUUUGUUUUUGGCGUGACAUUUUGUCGGCCAACCAGGGAGUGCAAGCACCUUAUUCCUCCUUUUUCGUAUUGCAGAUCAAAGGACCUAGUUAAGGAUUUCUAAGAGGCUCCAUUCGCAUGCGCAGAAGUUGGCUUUCUGUACCUAGAGGAGGGAGAUCUGGAUCAAGCCAAAGAAUACCUCAAUAAAACAAGGUAUGAAAAAGCAAGUCGAUUUUUCUAACUGAUGGUAAAUUUUCAGAACAGAAAGCAAGGCAGUGCAACCGAUGUUUUAGAAAAGCUGUCUAGUGCAUGAACAUUAGCAAGUGUUGUUAAGCAGCGUGGAAUAUCCAACAUACCUGCAAGUGCAAGUAAAGCGCGGGAAAAAGUGCCACUGGUGUUAAGCGCGGGAAAACAUGCAACCGGUGAUAAGCGUGGCUCGGUGUCGCCGUGUUUAAGCGCGGGAAAAAUGUAAGAGCUUCUAGGUUUGGAGCGUGGCAAAGGAUCAAAGCAGUUCAGUUCUUAACGUUUAUCCUUAAGAAUGCACCGUAAUCUGUUCAUACUGUUUUCUCUCUCAUAAAUCUGUAUGCAUGUAGGACGCUUGCUAUUGGCCUCUGUAAAAUGAGUUAAACUCCGAUAAGUGCGAGUGCUUGAGUGGGGUUCUAAUUGAAUGAUGUUAAUUUUAAGUUAUGUGUAAUUAAACUGAUGGCUGGGGGACUCAACACGUGGUGCAUUGAUACUGCUCUCCUGGAGUACACUAUGCAUGGUAUGAAGUAUGAGAUCCCAAUGGGAUGAUAUCAGUAUCUGAGCAACUGUGCACCUACCCCUCCCCUAACCCAGCAUUAACCCUAACUUUUUAUCAGUUGACUGUUGCCUGGUUACGGGAGGGGUAGGUGUGCAGUUGCUCAGAUACUGACGUUAAUCCAAAUUACCCUGUGAGAAUCAUACCUCAUACCAUAUAUAGUGUGCACUUGGAGAGAAUACUGACAUUGAUCCGCUAGUUUUAUACCCCAGCGUUCCUCAACAAAUCUUUGAGAACGUACUUUUUGAACCGCCAGGAAAGACUACGAAAACCAUUUGUUACAAAGCAGACUUCACUUCAGAAUCCACUCAGCGCUUCAAGAAAUCAAUUACAGACGCAAGCAGGCGAAAGAAGCAGCUAAAAUGGAAAAAAAGCAAUCCAAACGCUCCAAGAAUGGUGUCACUAACAAUAAUUCCUCAAUAGACGAGGAUUCUAUCAGCAUCUCUCUCGGUGGUUCCAAGAAUCUCUCGCACCAGGACUCAAACUCGUCCUUUGAGACAGCUCCUGAAUAUUCAUCGGAAGAUGAGAGGAACCUGGGAGACAUGGAACGGGAAUAG